UCUUCCCAUGGCACAGAGAGGUGAGGGGGGGGAAGUGAACAGCGAUGAAGGGAGGGUUGGACACUCGGACCACAGGUGUGGUGGUGGUUCUAAUGGCGGUGGGAUGGAUGAGUUGCCGACGGGAGGGGAUGAGUCGGCGGCUAAAGCGCUGUCAGUGAAAGGGGAAGCGUUGACAGAGAGACCUCGGGAGGAAGGGAAAAAGAGGUCGGGGGAAGACGUUGAAGUUGGAGACUCACGUCAGACAAGGGAAGUGCUAUCUAAGAGUGUACAGCAGACAUCCGAGGAUGCACAACGGACAGAGGCUGAGGUCUCUGGGGGAAAGGGUGGAUGGCCUGAGGGCAAGAGGGGUUAUGAGGGUAUUUCGCACACUGGGGGGAGGAGUGUGUCGCAAAUGGGGGAAACGGCGGUGGGUGACUUUGAAAAAUGUGUGUCUAGACUAAAGUCUAGCAAGAGGGCUGACGCACAUCACGGGAGAUCGGGGCAGAGAUNGACGCACAUCACGGGAGAUCGGGGCAGAAAGAUGUGGGAGAGCCAUGUCUCUGCAAGUCGGGGAAGGAAUCUUACGAGAGGCUCGGGGGCAGGGGCAAGGCGCCUAAGCGCAGAUCAGAGGAUGGCAAUGGAGGCAAUGGCAAUGCCAGGGUUUCACGCGUUAGCGCCGCGAAGUGAUGGGGGAGGCAAGGUGCCCAUGAAGGAGGAAGAAAAGCGCAAGAGGGGGGUUGAUGCCCAGGUGGAGGAGGAUGGUGGAGGGGGUAGUGCCUCGGGCAAGGAGGGGGAGGGGGAUGGAGAGUCCCAGGGCGGGGAGCCAUCGGAUGAGGGAGAGAAUCUCGGGGAGGCUAAAAAAAAGCGAAAACAAUCAUCACGCGAGAACAUCAAAGAAGACUCGGAGGGUGGGAUUGUUGAGGAGGAGGGGGGCCGAUCGGUGGUGCACAACACCGAGGGUGAUGGCCUGGCGACGGGGAUCGUCUCGUCAAACCACGGGAUUUUCCAGAAGUAGGGGUGCCGAACACGCCCCCUUCGUCAGAUCAAACGAAGUCUAGCAUUGGCAGAAUGGGAAAUGUUAAUGACAACGCAACACCAGCGGGGAAUGCGUUAAACACUCAAAGGAAGGAAAUACGCAAGGCAUAUUCUCCGAGAACAGUGAGGUGUCCGCUGUAUCCUCAAGCGGAACACACGGUUGGUCGAAAGGUAGCCAAAAAAGGGGUCGAUUAAUAGGGACACUAGAAAGGAUAAAAGCUUUACCGUUGAUCGUGCUGGCGUUGAUCGUGCUGGCAGCAAGCAGAACCAUGAAACUGUUGCUUUACCAGUGAUAGGAGAAGAGGGCGUGAUAGGGGAUGCAUCCGCCUCUGGAAAUUCCCUUUAGCGUGAGGUUGAGAUAACAGCGCAGAAGGGAGGAAAUUUUGGUGGAGCACAAGAAGGAACAGAUCGCAUUUUUGCCGUACAAGUAUCUGUUAGUUCUGUGUCAGGACAAAGGAGUGAUGCGGUGUACCCUCCGCCUCUUACGUUUGCUGCAGGUGAAGCGGCGAACUACCUGUCACCAUUUACUCGGUCGGUCGGUGGGGAUUUGACGAUGGACCGACAUCGACAUACGACUCGAGUGCAAGUGUUCGCGGGGGCAAGGGCGACCAAAAUGAUGUCGUGGGAGGCUCUGUUGGAUACGGGAAGUCCGGCAUCGUUUGUACAAGAAAGGUGUGUGCAAAAGAUGUUGGCAUAUUGGUUCGACUUCAGCUGAUAGCAUUGAAACAGGACUGAACAAGAAAUGGAGUGGGUUCCAUGGGGUGCCGUAGGUUACAGAUCGAAGAAUGCGAUUUAAUAUUGAAAUGUGGAAGGGCGGAAAAUCAGCGCCGGGUCAUUUCGGUACACCGACGGUACGGACGAGUGUGUAUGCGUACAUCGUGACAGACUCAAGCUAUGGAACAUGAUCUGAUACUAGGGAGGGAUAGUUGGGCUGAUUUUCCAGUUCGCGAAUUCCAAGACGUGUCGGACACAGGAACAACUUUUGUCGGUGAAAAUACUAAUGAAGUGGCAGGAGAUCACCACUUUGAUGAAUGGGUGGGUAACGCGCUUGGUAUGGUGGAAACGGAAGGUGAUGGAAAGGUGGUAGUGAAAUCUGAUGGUAGUAGACGAUGGCUUCCAAAUACAAUGUCAUGGGUUGAGGUAAAAUUAACCAACCUAGUUGGCAGUAACGCUGCGGUGGGGACGUACCGUGUGCAGUUUGGGAAUAAGUGGUUCCCGCAGGAAGCAUUGGUUGAAAAUGGUGGCGUUCAGGCGGUUGUGGCAAAUGGUGCCUCCGCACAUUCGAGACGUCCAUUUCGACUUCAAUGCGAAACUAUGGGAGCCGGAAGACAUUGACAAACUAGGUGAUGUAUUGUGCAAGUUUGAGCAUCGUUUUUCGAAGGGUGGUUCGGAUUUAGGACGGGUGACGGUGGAUCCGUUUCGAAUCAUUUUGAAGCCGGGGGCACAGCCAGUGCGGCAGAGGCCAUAUCGCUAUUCCUUAGUUAUGAACGAAAAGGAAAAUAUCGAAAUUGACAAAUUGCUGUUGGCGGGUGUGUUGCGGAGAUCGUACAGCAAUCGGGCGAGUCCGUUGGUGGUAGUCGCGAAAGCUAACGGUGGUGUGCGGUUGACGGUCAACUACAAGCGCAUCAAUAAAAUGAGUGUACCCCCCAAAUUGCCCAUUCCGAUAGUGAAGGAUAUUUUGGCGGAAUUGGACAAAUUGAAAAUCUUCAGUACGCUGGAUUUGGUCAGUGGGUUUUUCCAGUGCAGUAUUGAGGAGGACAGCCUCCGAUCACUGCUGUUAUCACGUCUACGGGGUUGGNGUGCGGUUGACGGUCAACUACAAGCGCAUCAAUAAAAUGAGUGUACCCCCCAAAUUGCCCAUUCCGAUAGUGAAGGAUAUUUUGGCGGAAUUGGACAAAUUGAAAAUCUUCAGUACGCUGGAUUUGGUCAGUGGGUUUUUCCAGUGCAGUAUUGAGGAGGACAGCCUCCGAUCACUGCUAGUAUGUGACGGACUGGAACGUUNGAUGAUGGAUAUUCUGUCUGGUCCUACGGUCUUGGCAUUUCCGUGUUAUGAGGGUGCGAUAUCGGGAGAGCGGCCGUUUCGGCUAACCGCUGAUGCGUCGAUUUCGGGCUUGGGAGCCGUAAUUGAGCAAGAGCAACGAGAUGGGAGUAUUAGGCAGCUAUGCUUUUUGAGCAGAUCAGCAUUCCCGAAUGAAACCAGAUGGAGUCUGACUGAGCUUGAAGCGGGUGCGAUAGUGUGCGCGACUAAGAAGAAUCGAACAUUAUUUUAUGGCACCCCCUUUGAAGUGUACAGUGGCUAUCAACCCUUGCGAAAUUUGGGGAGUUUGGCAGAGACAAACAAUCGCGUACAGAGGUGGUAUGACUUCCUGUCAGCGUACACGUAUGAACUGAAGUAUCGACCAGGGCGAGAGAAUGCAAAUGCCGAUUUGAUGUCACGGUUGCCAUUGCCUGCGACGAAAGAGGAUGAGGCACCAGAUGUCAGGCUGACUGAUCCGUCUGAUCUCGAUGUUUACAUGAUAGGUGCGAGCGGGGUGAUACCUU